GCCCAUCACCACGGCUUGAUUUUCCAUCGCCCCCCAGCGAUAUCUAUCCGAUCGAAACCCAGACAAGAAAGCGGUCCUUCGCCCGCUCUAGCUCGCACUCACUCGUACGAGCCUCAGCUUUUCCGAACCGAAACGGGUGCGAGCUGGUAUAUAAAGUGCGUGCAGCGCGCGCAGGCCCGCGGCCACAUUAUAGCAGCCGCUCCUACGUCCACGUCCUUCUACAAGCCAGCGACUGGUGCCGCGCGGGCAGACCCAUACUUCCGGCGCAUAAUUGCCGAGGUGCGGAGGCGAUGGGCGCGCACACCCGGUCCAUGAGCUGGUACAUGGGCCAGACGGGCUCGCAGGCGCCGUCGAGCGCGGAGAACGGGGCGCAGCGCGCUCUCAGCAGCGGCGGCGGCGGCGACGCCAGCUUCGACACCAACAUGGUCAUCAUCCUCGCCGCGCUGCUCUUCGCCCUGCUCUUCGCGCUCGGGCUCAACUCGCUGGCGCGGUACGUCAUCCGGUGGGCGCGCCGCGCGUCGCUGGAGGCGGGCGGGGAGCUGGACGGCGCGGCGUCGGCGGGCGGGCGGGGCGGGCUCAAGAAGCGCACGCUCAGGAGCCUCCCCAUCGAGGUGUACGGCGCGUGCGCGGCCGCGGGCGGGGGCGCCGCGCCGGCGGACGACGUGUGCGCCAUCUGCCUCGGCGAGUUCGAGGACGGCGAGAAGGUGCGCGUGCUGCCGCGCUGCGGCCACGAGUUCCACGUCCGCUGCGUCGACACCUGGCUCGUCUCGCACGACUCCUGCCCCACGUGCCGGGACUCGGUGCUCAGCGGCGCCGCCGCCGCGCCCAAACCCGCCGCCGGGCGCAGCGGCGGGCGGCCCGGGAGCGCCGACGCCGCGGCCGUCACGGUGGUCAUCGCCGCGUGACCGACGUGGACGGGUGGGCGCCCAUCCGUGGUGGGCCCGCAGAUAGGAUCGUCUCGCUUGGAGUACAGUAGAAAGUAUCCUGGCCGUGACCGCGUCUGUCUGUGUGACUGUGAGAGAGAUAUUUUUUUGACGUUGGUGGUCUGCUUAGCUUCGGUCACGGUCAAGCUUUACCGCUCGUCGACGGCAUGUACAGCCUUGUGCAUCUUCUGCCUACUAUUGUCGCUGUUCCGUGUGUGUAUAUACAGAGUGGAGAUGGUAUUAAUAGGAUAGUAGAGUUCAAA